AUGCUGGACGAUCCGGGUCUCUUGAUGUACAGCGGCUACGUGAAUGUGACUGCCGACGAUUAUUUAUUCUACUGGUUUUUCCAGGCCAUGGAGCCAAUGGAAUCUGCCCCCGUCAUCCUUUGGACAAAUGGUGGGCCAGGGUGCACUUCGAUGGAAGGAGCAGCGACGGAGAUUGGCCCACUGAUUCUCGAUGGUGUGAAGAGAUCACCCUUCUUCUCGGGAAAGCUGUCCUAUAACAAGUAUGCCUGGAACCGGCGCGCUCAUGUCCUCAUAGUAGAUCAGCCGCGCUACGUGGGCUUCUCCACAGGUAGGGGUCCAUUUGUGAACUCGUCAGCUCAGGCAGCGCUGGACAUGGUCCAGUUCUUGCGAGGCUGGCAAGGGUAUUUCCCGGAGAUCGAUGCUAGAUUCGUGCUGGCAGGUGAGUCCUAUGCUGGGCACUUUGUGCCGGCUUGGGCUAAAGCCAUCGCAGAAUAUAACCAGGAUCUCAGGAACGUGCCCGCAAUUCGAGUUGCGGGCAUUGCCCUGAGCAGCGCAUGCAUUGAUGACUCAAUCCAAGGUCUCGAUACUUUCCUCGUGUACUCUAAACAAAUGGGCCUGCUCCCUGCAGAUGCGGCUCCCGCAAAUAUGUGGGAGGCUAGGCAGAUGAUGACAAACUACUUACAUUACCGACCCAACACCUAUGACCACACAAUUCCGGACGUGGGCCCAGCAUGCGCAACUUAUGGAUACAACUACACCAACUUUUCCAACUGGUUCUCCAGGGAAGAGGUCCUUGAGGCACUGCACAUCUGUGGCACAGCUGGGCAAGACACUUUCAGUGGAUGUGCUGGUGGUUGCAUAACGCUGCCGAAUGGCUUCGACCACACUCCGUUUGCAUACACAGAGACGCUUCAAGAAAUGCUGGAUCUGGGAAUCCCAGUGCUGCUGAUGUAUGGAAUGAAGGAUCUCACUUGCGACUAUGUUGGCCUUGGGCUUAGUGUGGUGGUUACGCCCUCGCGAGCUCUCUACGAUGGAGCAGGCAGCCGGACUUUGCCGGAACAAGAGUCAGGAGGAGCGACCUUCAUUCAUCGCGCGUAG